ACUUGAAAUUUCGUGGAUCUUGGAAUGACACCUGUGUUUCCAAUCCGGCCUUCGUAAUUAUUUGUCCAAACGAGAAAUUACGCCAGAUUCCAAGAUUUUACUCAUUUUCCAGCUGUCCGCAUCGCAAUCCGAAUUGCUUUCAUCCGAAUUCGAAGAAACAAUUGCCAGCACUUUAUUUAUCGUUUGCGAAUUAGUGUAUAUGUUUUACUUGAAUUAUUUAUGCGAACAAGCGCAUGAUUACUAUAACAAUUUUUCCAUGGGAAUGUAAGCAUUCGAUCACUAAACGGUACUUUGAAUGUGUGUCAGAAGAUAUUUUACCAAUGAUUUCAGUUUCCACGACAACUGGUACGAAACUACUAUAGCAACGCAAAAGCUAUUGUUGAACAUGAUGUUGAGAACCAGCAAGACAUUCUCGUUCAACGUUUUCAAUUGUUACACCGGCACGGUAGAGGGCUUUUCAA